AUGGAUGAGAACCACGCCGUCCAGUACCUCGAGUCAUUGAUUGGCCAAACGCUACGAGUGCACGCAACAGACACACGCAUUUUCGUGGGCAACUUCAAGUGUACAGAUGCGGCCCGGAAUGUCAUUCUCGCAAACACUUACGAAUAUCGUUUCCCUACCAUAUCGGCUGUUAAAAAUGCUGCCGUCGAUGCAGAUAGUCACAGUUCGGGAAUAGCGUCGGAUUCGGCGAGUGUCAAGGUAAAUAUGACGAGUCGAUUUAUUGGUCUCGUGGUCGUUCCCGGUCAGCAUAUCACGAAAAUCGAGCUGGAAGAAACCCCACAACAGAGUCGUGUGCGUGAAACGCUCCGGAAAUCCUAA